AUGUACUCAUAUCGACUGGUUGACAAGGAUGAAAACCCCGAGGACGCUGCACUUCGUGAAUUGCAGGAGGAAACUGGAUUUAUUGGCAAGCUGUCGGAAUGCCAAUUCGAUAUUCCGUACUACUCGGACCCUUGGAAAAGCAAUGAACAGCAACGACUUUUCAUUGUUGAAAUCGACGUGGACGAAAUGGCCAACAAGAGUCCCCAUCAGCAACUGGAAGAAGAUGAGAGCAUCUCAACCGUAAUUGUGCCCAUUUCAAAGCUUAGCGAGUUCAUCCGAUCGGAGGAAUCGAAGGGAAUCAUUGUUUCGACGUCAAUUUUCUUUGUUGCCUCCAUCAUGUCGAACUCCUUUUCUCUGUAA